AUGGCAAACUACCUAGCCCAAAGAAGACCUGUGUAUGAGUGCACAGAUGCCCAGAUUGAAGCUGCUAAAGGUUUCUUGGCAAUUAUUAGGUUGUAUCUUGAUUCAUUUUGCUCCAAUCUACGAUCCCACACUAUCACAAAUGUGCAAUCUAACAAUGACAAGGUUUCAGUGCUGUUGACAGAUAGUUAUAUGGAUUCUUUUCCAUAUCACGACAGACCUUUUAUGAAGUUUUUUGUGGAUACACAGCUUUUCUCUGUACAGACAGACCUGGUUGUUCUUGCAUUUUGCCAAAAGGAUUAG